UUGUAAUGAAGGGGUCCGUUUUCCCUAACCUUGCGAAAAAACCCGUUAAAGCCUCUCACAACUAGUCCCAGCUGUCGCCGUCACCGCCGCCGCCUCUCCGGUUUGCCGCCGCAUCCGCUGCCGCGCUCGUUUCUCGUUCUUCUGUUCCAUAUGCAAGAUUCGAAUCUGUUUCUGUGCUGCUUCCGUUCUUCCACUUCCUUUUGUUUGUGUGAUCAAAACGGAGUUUUGUUGUUGGCAUUGCUCAAUAUUAAUCUUCCAUGUGGCUUAGCUUCAAGUUCCCCAUCAUCAAGUUCACUCACAGCUCCAAGUUCAAAUUCAAGUUUGCUUCAACUGCUGCACUUGCACACUUCAAUGUUUCACACACCAAUUUCAGUGAAAGUGAGGAUUCUUCUUCUUCAUCAUCUUCUUCUUAUUGUAGCAGCAAUAACAUCACCAAAGACAACAUAAAAGAAGAAAGUUUUCACAUUGUGAAGAGUUUGCAGAACGAUCCUUCUCUUGCUUUUUCACUCUUCACUCAACUGAAGCAACAACAAUUUGUGGGGUUCCCUGAGAACAUUUCAACCUAUGCAGCAAUCAUCAGGAUUUUCUGCUACUGGGGCUUGAAUAGAAGGUUGGAUUCCGUGUUCCAUGAUCUUAUUGCACUGUCUAAACAGCACCCUUCAUUUGAAAUCCAUGACUUGUUUGAGUUACUAGUGGAUGAUGGUGGUGUUAAUGGUGGGAAUCACAAUUACAUGCUUAGAGCAAUUGAUGUGUAUCUUAAAGCUUGUGUUGUUCUUAAAAUGUUUGACAAGGCCAUUGAUUUCUUGUUCCGAACUAGGAGGCACGGUGUUGUGCCGAAUAUCCUUACUUGUAACUUUCUUAUAAAUAGGAUGGUUGAGAGUGGUAAGGUUGAUAUGGCGUUGGCAAUUUAUAGGCAACUCAAGAGACUUGGUUUGUGUCCUAACCAUUACACUUAUGGUAUUGUGAUAAAGGCAUUCUGUAAGAAGUGUGAACUGAAAGAGGCAGCUUAUGUGUUCAAGGAGAUGGAAAAAGCCGGGGUAAGGCCUCAUUCGUAUUGUUACACGGCUUAUAUUGAGGGGCUUUGCAAGAAUAUGAGGUCUGAUUUGGGAUAUGAAGUUCUCCAAGCAUGUAGAAGGGAGAAUGUGCCUGUAGACCUUUAUGCUUACAUAGUCGUUAUCCGGGGGUUUUGUAGUGAGAUGAAGUUGGAUGAAGUCGAGAGGGUGUAUUUAGAUAUGGAAAAGAAGGGGUUGGUUUGUCAGGUGGAUGUUUAUUCACCAUUGAUCUAUGGGUACUGUAAAAGUCAUAAUCUGCUUAAAGCUUUAGCCCUACAUGAAGCCAUGCUUUCAAGAGGUAUAAAAACAAAUUGUGUGAUUGUUAGCUACCUCCUCCAGUGCUUGGUUGAGAUGGGCCUUACUAUGGAGGUGGUUGAGCUGUUCAAAGAAUUGAAGGAAUCAGGCAUGUUUCUUGAUGGGGUGGCCUACAACAUUGUAUUCAGCGCUUUGUGUAAGUUGGAGAAAGUGGACGAUGCAGUGGACAUGGUGGAAGACAUGAAAGCUAAGCGUAUGGUUUUAGAUAUUAAGCACUAUACAACCCUUAUAAAUGGAUACUUCCUUCGGGGUAAACUUGUUGAUGCCUUUGCUAUGUUCAAAGAAAUGAAAGAGAAAGGUUUGAAGCCUGAUAUUGUCACGUAUAAUGUAAUUGCUGCUGGUUUGUCUAGAAACGGCCAGGCUCAUGAUGCAAUUGACCUUUUGGACUAUAUGGAGACUCAAGGUGUGAAGCCAAACUCCAUUACACACAAGAUGAUCAUCGAAGGUUUAUGUUCAGCGGGGAAGGUAGUGGAAGCCGAGGCAUAUUUUAACAGCUUGGAAGAUAGGAGCAUUGAAGUCUAUUCCGCCAUGGUGAAUGGCUACUGUGAAGCAAACCUUGUCGGAAAAUCCUAUGAACUAUUCCUUAAUCUGUCAAACCAAGGAGAUAUUUCUAAAGAAGGUUCCUGUUUUAAGCUACUUGAUAAACUCUGCAUGGCAGGUGACAUCCACAAAGCUAUUAUGCUGCUAGAUACAAUGUUGGCUCUUAACGUGGAACCUAGCAAAAUAAUGUAUUCUAAAGUAAUAGCUGCUAUGUGCCAUGAUGGGAAAUUGGAAUAUGCUCGUUCUUUGUUUGAUUUUUUCAUCAAGAAAGGAUUUAUGCCUGAUGUAAUAACUUACACAAUUAUGAUAAAUACAUAUUGUAGGAUGAACUACUUGAAAGAGGCCCAUGAACUCUUUGAGGAUAUGAAGAGAAAAGGGAUAAAACCUGAUGUCAUUACGUAUACAGUUCUACUUGAUGGGAACUUGAAAGCAAAUUUAAGAAGGCAUUUCUUGUCUCCAAGUGGAAAAAGAACAGGGGACGUUUCUUCUCUCUGGAUGGAGAUGCAGAAAAUGGAAAUAACUCCAGAUGUUGUUAGUUACACUGUGUUGAUUGAUGGUCAAAUAAGGGCGGCUAACUUUCAAGAUGCUAUUAGCCUCUUCGAUGAAAUGGUUGACAGAGGAUUACAACCAGAUACUGUAACAUAUAGUGCUAUGAUUUCUGGCUUUUGUAUCCGAGGGCACAUGGAGAAAGCUCAUACACUGCUUAAGGAAAUGUCUUCCAAAGGAAUGACACCAGGAUCUGAUCUCAUCUUGGCUUUUAAACGUGGUAUUGUGAAAGCUAGAAAGGUUCAAUUUCGAAAGUAAUCAAUCAGUAUAGACGGUUUGAGCUUCCGUUUGUCCCAAGUCUUAAAGUAUAUCAAGUAAAUACCCAAAGGUUUGAAAGAGAAAAUCCUUGUGAUUUGAUUACUAGGAAGUUGUUGUGCAUAGUACAUCGUUCACGGAAAAUUCUUAAGAAAGUUGCAGUCAAAGUUGAAUCAGGUGAAGACUAAUGCAAAUGUGUUUCUUCAGGUAAUUGAUUAGUCUACUUUUCAUUUGGGAGUAUAAGGUUUCUCCUUUAAUAACCGAAACUACAGUGACCACAGAAUUUUGUACUACUUUUUUACAAUAAAGUGACUAUGGUCUUUCCUCCACAAGUAGAGAGGCUGUUUUGAUAUUUGAACUUGUGAUCUAGACAAAAACUUUACCACUCCACCCAAGAUUAUUGGAAAGUAUUAGGAAUAUAUAAAUCUUCAAGAAAAAAGAAAAGAAAAUUGCAUUUAACUUGUUUAGUCCUUGGAAACUUUCAUCUGCACUUCCAAAAUUUUAUGUUUACCUCAAGAAGUUGUUUGGCCCCUUGUAUCUGGUGCUAUUAUUAAGUGUAAAGCCAAAGUUGAGCUUUCUCAAUAGGAACUAUAAGAUUAGUGCAUUAUCUAAUUUCAUUAUAUCUCUACUCUUUUUUCUUUGUCAAUUAGAGAUUCCUUGUGCACCCUAUCUAACACCUUGUUUUUAUCCUUUUGUUACUAGCAAACUAUUAUAGCAUCUAACUAAAAAGGCUCAUCAAUUAACGGCUUAGCUUCAGUAUUAUCUCUCACCCAUUAUCACAUGCUAAUUUUUAUGAUAACAAAUUUUCCCUUGGAUGAGUUCUUUGUGUAAUUUUAAUCAACUGUAUAAAAAGGAGAUACCUUUUCUUCAUAUGGCAUUUGGGUCUACCGAGUUUAAAGUGCUAGUAAGGAUGUUUGUGAUUACACUCGUAUCUAUAGAUCUAUAGAUAUGUGUUUGUCAGUAAUAGCUUCCCAUGCUUUUCGUUCCUUGCUUUAAUAUUGAAGUUUGAAUCCCAUGCAAACACAGUUCAAAGUUCAAACUCCUAACCAAAUUAAGCUAUCGAUUUCGAAAAUAUCUAAAAUGAGUAGCCUAACUUUAUGUUGUUUAACGGAGUAUUAAAAUGAAAGUUAAUGUAAACAUUUUGUUGGAUCUCUUGACAUGACCAAAAAACCAUAAAAUCAUCUGGAUCAUUGUACAAAAUAUUAUUGCUUACUACCAAAAAGCCAUUAAUUACCAUAUUUAAAAUUUGUCCUAUUUCGAUACUUUGUUAUUUUCUUUUGCAGGCUUGUGUUGUAUUUUCCUUAAAACAAUGGUCCAAGACCAUUUGUUGCUAUAGUUACUGAUUUCGCUGGAUUAUCAGGUAUUCAGGUAUGUAAUGUACAUGUACAUGCUGCAUUUUCAAAAGUGCUUUUUGUUCUGUGUGAGAUGGAAAGAUUGGCUCACCUUAUCAAUACCUAUAUUGAACACAACACGUGGAAACCAAUUAAGAUCAGUAGGAAUGAUCCUAAUUUACCUCACAUGUGCUUUUCAAAUGAUAUUAUUAUGUUUGUCACGGUCACUUAUGAGCAAGUUAACAUCAUCAAAAGUAUGCUAGAGAUUGUUCUGCAAUGAUUCUAUUAAGAAAAUUAAUUCAAAGUCAGUCUUGCAUUUUCUUUUUCUGGUAAUGUCUCUAGUCAGCUAAGACAAGAUUUGAGCGCUCGAAGCUCGAGCACCUUAAGGAUUAAUUUACCAAGGAGAUUUUAAACCAUGGCUAGACACGGUAGGAACCUUAUUUUCUCUCUUGCGUGCUGUCGUCGUCGAGAAUAAUACCAAAUUACUAGUCCUCUUCGUAAAAUUGCACUGCAGGGUCAUAUCUUUGGCUAAGGACUAUGCUAGAUAUCACAAGGGAAGUUUCAUUUUGGCUUGGAUGUAAAUUUAGGAUCUUGUUUGGUAACCAAAACAAAGCUGUGGAGUAUUUCUUAGGGUUUGUGUAUUUUUGUAGAAACAUGGACCAUAGGUCUUGUGGUGACGCCACGAGCAAUCUAGGGCUACACAGUGUCUCGUCUGACUAUAAGGGAAUUAGCCGACGACAGAGAAUUGUUGGUGGAUGCAAACCUUAUGCCGGGAAGCUAACACGCACGUGGACGAGUUGGCUAGUUUGGGGGGUCAUGGUCUGCCUAAAGGUAUCUCCAUUUUCGGAGUAAUUUUUUGUUGUUAGUAACCAUGGAAGAGCAAUUGUUACACCCUUUCUUUUUCCCCACAUAAUUUCUGAGUAUUAUGUAGGUUUCACCCACAUUUUUUAUGGUCAUUAUUCCUUGCGAAGGAAGAAUCACUCUCUGUUGAUGAGUGUACAAUAAAUUUUCCAUAACAUUCUUAGGAAUAUAUAUGCUUAAAAUUUGUAAUGUGAUUUACUUAAUUCUUUUGUCAAAUAUUAUUUAUCUUUGUUG